GGACUUACAGACCCGACAGUUUGGCUCUCGCCAUGGGUACUCAUUGCUUCCAACUGUUGCCAAAUGUUAGUACAGCCAUUGACAUCAAAUCAAUGGAUAUGAAAUAUUUCAAUAUGAAACGAGUAGUUCUCGCGAGUUAUUACAUUAUUGCACCUCUCCUGCUCGGUCAAACAAGUAUUCUCUUCUUCCAACAUCAACUUCCUUCUUUUCUUUCAAGACCUUCACGCAACUUCCCCAAGUUUUAAGCUUUUGAUUUACAAGAUGCACAUUUCAAAAUUUCUGGAAUUCUCCACUUACCUCGGUGUGAGUUAUGGUGCUUGUGAUACAAAUGUUACAAUAUCAGGAUUAGGAAGAGUUGCCGAUGGACAGCCAGCUCUCGAUCGCCAAAUCGGUCUCUUUUCUUUUGGAGGAUCAAAAUGCUCUCCAGAAACCACAGCCCACAGUUCGUCAUCACUAGCAAAACCCCUUUCCAUACUCUCAACUAAUCCUUACUCAGCUCAAGACGUUACAUAUAGUCAAAUCAGUAUCCGCAGUUCUUCGAGAUCAGACUGGUACAGCUACUAUGGAUUCCCAACUUUUGACUUAUCUGCACACUGCGAUAUUCAAAGCUCCGGCGUUCCUCUCCGAGAAUUCGUUCAAACAGGACAUUUCACAUGGACCUUGAUCCCUGAGCAAAAAAUCACAAACAUUGUUUGUGAAACCACUCCUCAUACCAUGGUCAAUUUCAUCGGACGCGAGCAAGAUGGAACACAAGUUUUCCGCACUGAAAAAGUAGUCGGAAACUCGGAGCUGGGAUUUAGAUUCGACUCAGAUUCUCCAACCACAAUCCAUCAACUCGAGUCUACCUACCCACACUUUGGCUCAUGCAGAGUUUCAAACGGGAAGAAUAAAUUCUCGUUCACAAAAACCGAUCGUGGGAUUUACACUAUAAAUCCCCCACAAUCUAAGCUCAAGAUUUCGUGUCCGGAUUUAGCUUCGUAUCCGUGGAAAGGAACGUCGAUGCCAAAAUUGUAUGUUCAGGGUUCGUGAUAGUCAUGGGAUUUGGGAGCAAUGCGGAGUUUGGUUUGGUUUGGAUGAGAUGUACAAAUCACUGUAUGGUUAUAUAAUGUUUAUGUACUGGGUGGAUUUAUAGGGUAGAUAUGAGAUGAGAUGAGAAUAUCAACUCACUCACUACCUAGGUAUCCAGGUAGUUAAAGUCUGUAGAUUCAGACAAUAAUACAAAAAAGUUUCAAUCUUAAUAUUCUUCUUCUUCACAAUCUCUCCCAUCCAGUCCCUCAUCGCAAUUCCUUUCCCUUUCCAGCACCUCACAAUUUACUCUUCUUCCUCCAAGCACCCAAGAAAUCCCAAACAGAAUAUUU